AUAUCAAUAAGUAAUUUAAAAACACCGAGAAUGACAUCCUGCCAGUAAAUAAUGGUCGGAAUAUGACACGUUAAUAAGCAUUAAAUUAUAUUGCACUGUCGCAUAAACCGAUCACAUCCCGAAAGAAAGAAAAAGCGAUAUCCAAAACAAAAUUAAUAUUAAUGACCGGAAUAUGUGUGCCACGCAGGCCAUAGUGUUCCGAGCUACGAUAAUAUACUAUACGAGUUAAAAAUGUAAAUUUGCCAAAAGGUCGGAGUGGGGGCAUAUCGAAUAAAAAACUGUUGACUUUGGUUGGAGCAUCAGAAUCAAAUCGUAAUCGGCGGUUUGAGAUCAUCCAAACAUCUUCAAGAUGAAAUUCUUCUUGGUCCUUCUUAGCUUGGCCGCCGUGGCCUACUCCAGUCCUGUGCCUAAGGACGAUUCAGUGUUAAAGUCCGUAGUAGGCAGCUUCGUAAACUGCAUGAACAGUGAUGUUAACUUGUGUAUAAAGGAACAUGCCCUACGUGCCACCGAGCGCCUCGGAACCGUGCGCAAACUCAACAUUUUCGAAGGUCUCACGAUCUUGAACAGCAACCCUAAAGAAGCCCGCAGCCUGGAGCCUUUGUCCACCGAGCCCCAGAUCAGGAACAAGGAAGUCACUGAGAGGCUAUGGGAGAAGGCCAAUGAUCUGCUUCAGAAUAGCGAGCUGGAGAUCAGCUUUGACGGUGGUGAUGAUGAAGAAUCCAGGGCUCUUGGUGACGCUGACGAGGGCCGCGGCAAGAAGAAGGACAUCAAGAAGAAAUUGAAGGUGCUCCUGCCCCUCCUGGCCCUGCUGAAGGCGAAGCUCUUCGCCCUGUCUGUCCUCUUCCUCGGUAUCAUCGCCAUCUCCAUCUGGAAGAUCGCCCUACUCGCCAAGAUUGCUUUUAUUGCCAAGGUCCUUGCCCUCAUCAAGGCUCUCUUGGCUAAGAAGCACGAGGAGCACAGUGGAUGGGCCCCUCCAGUCCAUGAUGACCAUGGACACGGUGGCUGGGAAAGCCAAGGAUGGGGACGUUCAGGCAAAAUCGAAGGCGCUGACAUGGCUUACGCCGGCUACAAACAGCUGUAG